GCUGAUAAAAUAGGUGGAAGUGUUAGUUAUCGUUCUGCUGUUGUGGGGAGUGUACGCAGUCAGUGGUGCCUGACGACGGACUAAGAUGAUGACUGGGAAGGAGAAACUCGCCAAGGAGGAAACAUUAGAGCUGAGAAAGAAACACAUUGGGCCGUCGUGCAAACUGUUCUACAAGGAUGAUCCCAUCAAAAUACUACGAGCCUCUGGAGUCUACAUGUACGACGAGCAAGGCUGUAGAUACCUAGACUGUAUCAACAAUGUUUGUCAUGUGGGCCAUUGCAACCCAUACGUUGUCUCGGCAGCAAUGCAGCAAAUGUUGGUUCUCAACACAAACAGCAGAUUCCUGCACGAUAAUGUUGUUCUCUAUGCACAAAGGUUACUAAGUUACUUCCCAAAAGAACUGUGUGUGUGUUACUUUGUAAACUCUGGUAGCGAAGCCAAUGAUUUGGCACUGCGUAUGGCACGUACACACACUGGCAAGAAGGAUGUCAUUACCUUAAACCAUGCUUACCAUGGCCAUCUCUCCUCCUUGAUUGACAUCUCGCCAUACAAGUUUAACCAGCCAGGGGGUGAGGGCCAGCGAGACUGGGUCCACGUUGUGAGUAUUCAUAAUACAUUUAGUUUACAUCCUAUAGUACAAUACUGUAUUGACAGAGACAUUGCGGAUAGUUUUGGGGCUACAGGAAUUGAAUACUUCAACACAUUUGGUGGCAAUCCAGUUUCUGCUACAAUUGCUGAUGCCGUUCUUGAUGUCAUUGAAAAUGACAAACUUAGAGAAAAUGCAACAUUUAUUGGCAACUACUUGAUACAGGAGUUUAACUCCAUGAAGCAGAAACACGACAUAAUUGGUGACGUACGAGGUCAAGGUAUGUUCCUGGGAGUCGACUUGGUCAAGGAUAGGGAGACACGAACACCUGCGACCGCUGAGGCUGCUUACAUUAACCAAAGGUUGAAGGAGGAGCAUGUGUUGCUGAGCUGUGAUGGUCCACACAGAAAUGUUCUCAAGUUUAAACCUCCUCUUGUCUUUAAUCUUGAUAAUGCCAAAGAGCUUCUCGAGAAGGUAGACAAAAUCAUGACAGAAAUGGAGACAGCUGAGAAUGAAAUAACUGUAGCAGUAAAUUCCUCCGUAAAUGAAUCUGUAGAGACUCCUCGCCAAAAACCCCAAAUCUGCAAUGGUCAUGUCAGUGAGGUUCAGGUAGAAGUGUGAUGCGUCUGCUGUUAUAGCCUCGAAGGGUGGAGCAAAGCAAAAGAUGUAACCUAAAUAGGGUGUAAAGGAAAACAGAAAAGCUACACCUAUGAAAGUUAAACAAAAGUUUCAAAACCAGUCAUGUGUAGCUUUCUAAGGCUUCAGUGUACACCACAAAAUACAUAGUAUUUUGUGUAUAGUACACUGUAUUUGUAUACACUAUAUUGUGUGUGUAGUACGUAGUAUUUUCAACAAAAAAAAAUAUAUAUAUAAUAUAUAUAUUAAAUAAUAUGGUAAGUUGUUUUUGGUCUGUUUUGCUGAAGAGAUGUUUAAACAAUAUAUUAAAACAAAUUACCAUGUAUGAGCUUAGGCUAUAUAUGUAGUAAGAUGGUUAUUUAAAUAGCAAAACAGUAAAUGUGGCUUUAAUUAUGUAUUUUCCUUCUUAUUUUGUGUAGCAUGCUUUUAAAGUGUUAGUUAUCAUUGCUUUUAAAAUUCAUAUUUAUUGUAACUUUUCUAAAAAAAAAAAAUUAACAGCUACUUUUACAUAAAUUUAAGUUAAACUUCACACACAUGUACUGUUGCACUUUUAUGUUCCAAAUAUUUUAGUUAAAUAAUUACUAUGGAAGUAUUACAUGUAACUAUUAUUCCAAUUCCAUGCACCAUGUUUAUUUAUCAGUGUACAGGAAUUGGUUUUAGAAGACAGAUAUAUAUUGUUAAGCUUACAGAGCUUAAAAUAAGGAAUCAUGCAUUAGCAAUAAUUCUAUUCAGCUUUGAUAUAUUAUAAAGGCUAGCUGCUGUAUAUCCUCUAUUAAUAUUUUGCUAAAUGUUUUUUUAAUUAUAUGAAUGAGAAUAAAAAUGUAAUCUUGUA